UUCUUCAGAUCGCCAUAAAUAUGCACCAAGGAAACCAAACGACCAUCUCUGAAUUCAUCCUCCUGGGACUCUCCAACAAGGUUGAACAACAGAAGGUCCUCUUUAUGCUUUUUCUGGGUAUGUACCUGGUCACAGUGAUUGGGAAUGGGCUCAUCAUGCUGGCCAUCAGCUUGGACUCUUACCUUCACACCCCUAUGUAUCUCUUCCUUGCCAAUCUGUCCUUUGGGGAUAUUUCCUCUAUUUCCACCUCAGUCCCCAAAAUGCUGAUGAAUAUUCAGACUAAGAGUCAAUCCAUCUCUUAUGAGAGCUGCAUCACACAGAUGUACUUUUCCAUUGUGUUCGUUGUCAUUGACAAUUUCCUCUUGGGUGUCAUGGCCUAUGACCGUUUCGUGGCUAUCUGCCACCCUCUGAACUACACAACCAUCAUGCAGCCCAGGACCUGUGCUUUGCUGACAGUCAUCCCGUGGGUCCUCAGUAAUGUUGUUGCCCUGACACACACCCUUAUGCUCAGUCGAUUGACCUUCUGUGACAGCAACAUUCUCCCACACUUCUUCUGUGACCUGGCCCCUCUGCUCAAGCUGUCCUGCUCAGACACAACAGUCAAUGAGCUUGUGUUGUUUGUCAUGGGCUUAUCUGUCAUCACCUUCCCCUUUGUCCUCAUCCUCUUCUCCUACAUCCACAUUGUCAAGGCUGUCCUGAGAAUCUCAUCCACGGAGGGAAAAUGGAAAGCCUUCUCUACCUGUGGCUCUCACCUGACAGUUGUAUUACUCUUUUAUGGGACCAUUGUAGGGGUUUACUUCUUCCCUGCCUCUACUCACCCUGAUGACAGAGAUAAGAUCGGUGCAAUCCUAUUCACUGUGGUGACACCUAUGAUGAACCCCUUCAUCUACAGCCUGAGGAACAAGGACAUGAAAGGUGUCUUGCAAAAGCUCAUCAAUAAAAAAAGGUUUCUUCUUUGA